AGAUGCCAGUCUUUGUGCUUCAUUUCCCAUUCAAUUGCACCCCUCCAAAGCUCCAGACAUCAAGUGCCACAUGGCAGACUAUUUUAGGUAUUUGGAGGUCAACUAUACAUCCAAUUUCUGGGGUUACACUGAGGCGCCUCAGCAUAAAGCUGCCAAGGGAUUGGGGCAACAGGUCUGGCAUAUCAAGCAGUUAUGGGGACAGGUAUUGAUGAAUGCAUAUUUAUAGAAAGGCCAUGGAGAUCGGUUAGAAGUGUUCAAUCCAAUUGGAAUUGGGGAUCGGAAUUGGAGGUUUCAAGAACAGAAGCAAAUCAGACGAGCAGAACAUAGAAAUCAGAAAAGAGUAUUGGAAUUUUGUUGAUUUCAGAAGAAGCCCAGGCGAUCACUUGAAGGGCGAAAGUUUUCAGAUGGAUGCAUUUUGCUCAGACUGUAAAAGAAACACAGAGGUAGUGUUUGACCACUCUGCCGGGGACACAGUUUGUUCCGAAUGCGGGCUUGUCUUGGAAGCUCACUCCAUCGAUGAGACAUCUGAAUGGAGGACCUUUGCAAAUGAGUCUGGUGAUAAUGAUCCCAAUCGUGUUGGUGGUCCAUCAAACCCUCUCCUCACUGAUGGUGGUCUUUCCACUGUAAUUUCAAAACCAAAUGGUGCUUCUGGUGAUUUUCUGUCAUCCUCUCUAGGACGUUGGCAGAAUCGAGGUUCAAAUCCUGAUCGGACGCUCAUGCAAGCCUUCAAAACCAUCGCUACCAUAUUGGGCCUUGUUGCAACCAUAAAGGACAGAGCGAAUGAGAUAUAUAAGAAGGUGGAAGAUCAGAAGUCCAUUAGAGGAAGAAAUCAAGAUGCAAUUUUGGCUGCAUGCCUGUAUAUAGCUUGUCGUCAAGAGGACAAACCUCGCACGGUGAAGGAAAUUUGCUCUGUUGCCAAUGGAGCAACAAAGAAGGAAAUAGGGCGCGCGAAAGAGUGCAUCGUGAAACAGAUGGAGUCAGACCCGGACCUGUCGGUUCCGUUUUCUGUAAACCCCGUACAUGCUGUAGACUUUUUGAGGCGUUUCUGUUCCCAUCUUGGCAUGACCAACCAAGCCGUUAAAGCUGCCCAAGAAGCAGUUCAAAAGUCAGAAGAGCUUGACAUAAGGAGGAGCCCUAUUUCAGUAGCUGCUGCUGUCAUUUACAUGAUAACCUAGCUAUCUGAUGAGAAGAAACUACUCCGAGAUAUAUCCAUGGCAACUGGAGUUGCUGAGGGAACCAUUAGGAACUCUAUAAGGAUCUCUAUCCGUACGCUGUUAGGUUAAUACCAACCUGGUACGCGAAAGAGGAGGAGCUGAGGAACUUAUGCAGCCCUUGAAGUUUAUCCUGUAAGAACUUCUCUGAUGAGCUUGUAUGUCACAACUUUCACAAUUUACGGCGAACUUAAAAGCUGAGGUACCUGUGAGCUGUAAUUGCACAAUUUUCAGUGCAUUUUUAUUUCAAUCAUUUUUUUUGUUCUGUAUUGGACUUGUAUGGCACCAUAGCUCUUAUGAUGUAGUUUAUGGUCCUUUCUGCAAUAAUUUGGUAUAGAUUCAAGGAAUAUUUUUUCAGUAUAGUAAAAUGAUGGACUGGUUAUCUUA